CACUCUAAACAUAAUAUUUUUUGAGUAUUCUCUAAACAACAUACAUUACUACUAAACAAUGCGUGGGUUAGUUUUGGCAAUCGUUGCUUGUGCUCUUGUAGCUGGAGUACUGGGAGAUGAUGACAGGAAAGCAAAGCAUAUUGAAAUAUUUAAAAAGUGUGCUGAAGAAUCAGGAGUCACCAAAGAAGAUCUUCAUAACCAUAAGAAGGACGAAGAACCCGAGAAAAAAAUAAAAUGCUUCCAUGCCUGUAUUGCGAAAGCUGAAGGCGCUAUGGUCGAUGGAAAACUUAAUAAAGACAAAAUAAUCGAGAGGAUCCCCGCUGAUUUACCAGAUCGCGAAAGAAUUGUCGAAGUUAUUAAAAAAUGCAGUGAAGAAAAGGCUGAUGACGAAUGCGAGACAGCUUAUCUUGUUUUCAAGUGCCUUCGCGAAAAUAAGGCAUUACCUCACCUACCCCACCACCACCAUGACGACGAAUAAUAAUUAUUCAUUUCUGGCGACCGAAGGAAUCACUAAUAUAUAUAUAUAUAUAUUGUAUAACAACUCAAUGGCUCUGUACUUAUUGCCAACCUAAUUAAAAAUUAUAUAAUUAUUGUUAUUAUUAUCAUUUUUUUUUAUUUUGUAAAAUGAAAAUAAUGAAAUACGACAUUGUAAAAUAAAACGUCAAUAAAUAAUUUUAAUCGGCA